AUGGAGCAGAUGGGUUUGAAGAGAUCUGAGGUAUCGUUCAGGAGACAAGGAUCGUCGGGGCUUGUUUGGGACGACAGGUUCUUGUCAGGCGAGCUGAACAAGAUCGUGAAGCAACACGAGCAAGAACAGCAGGAGCAGGACAGGGACAACAAGGACGCGACCCGGCCUCCAAGAAUCAACGUGACUCCAGCGCUGGAUAGAAGCCAAUCCAACGGCGGCGGCGGCGGAGGCGGAGGAGGACGAGGCUACCGCACCUCCACGGGGAGGGUGUCGCCGGCGGUGGAGCCGCCGUCCCCGAGGGUCUCCGCCUGCGGGUUCUGCAGCGCUUUCAGGAAGCCGCCUCCUGCUCACCACAAGGCCAGGAAGCACGCCAACAAGCCCGGCAAGCGUAAGGCCAGAUGA